ACUGCUGCCUGGAAAAAUAUGUAGUGAAACUGUUUCUGCUUCCAGACGCUGAGACAUGUGAAGUUGAUAAAGAACCAGAGCUACUAAAUCCCAAGCAAGUCAGCAGAAGCUUCGCAGAGGAGUUUGCCUGAGUGCAGAUUGCGACUAAUGGAACCAGAAAACAUUCAUACUUGAUGUGCAAUAUCUUUUGGCUGGCUUGAUAUUUCAAUUUCAGUAUCAAUAUGAGAACUGUAUUUCUAAUCUUUCUCCUACUGUUAAUUACCGAGUGGACCACUUGCGCUCAAGAUGAACAUUUCUCUACUUCUAAAUCCAAGAAGAGGAAGAUAAAGAACAGACGCAGAAGAGUUUUAUCAAAAAGUUCCAUGGCAAUACAACAGAUGACUAAGCCCUCAACCACGCCUAUUCCAGAAUUGCACAUGCCUGUCUUCAAUGCAGAUGAUGCCAUAGUGCAUGUUUUACAAACUAUUUUAGGUGUGAAUGAGCAAGCUCCAAAUUACAACAUAUUGCCAGUAAAAAAAGGCCAUUGCACAGUAAAUGGGUUGGUAAUGUUUGACAACGCAGUGUGGUCCCCUAAUCCUUGCAUUACGUGCAUGUGUUCAAAUGGAAACGAGAUUUGUGAUGAAACCAUCUGCCCACUUCUGACAUGUCCUAUUACUGAGACUCACUGGGGAGAAUGCUGCCCAGCCUGUAGUAACACCGUUAAUCAUCACCAACCUAUUCAACAGCCUAAUAGAAUUUUACUGGAAAAUGUAGCUGAAUUUUCUGGGGAUUCUCCAGAGCCAAACAACCUCAAUGAUCUGGUAAUUUUGAAGGCCCCAAAGACACAACAAGAAAUGGAUGAGUUUCUUAAAACUGAGGGAGGUAGAGAAAAGUUAGAAGCAAAAAAACUGAAGCGCAAAAAGAAAAAGGAGGACAAAAAACAGAAAGUCAGAGAGAGAGAAUUUGAAGAAAAUAGAAAAGCAUACGAACAGGAGGAAGCUAGAUAUAAAGAAGAAAAGAGAAAUCGUGAAGAGGAAAAGAAAAGAAAUGAAGAGAAGAUGAGAGAAGAGGAGCUGCAAAAACAGAGAGAGAGAGAAGAACAAGAGCAGUACAGGGAAGAUGAUGAAGAUGAUGAAGAAGAGGAAUACAUUUUAAGAGGAGAUGUUUUCAGAAUCUCACCAAGAGUUCCAGGUUCUCGCAGGCCUGCUGUGAUACAUCAUCCUCCAUUGCCUCCAGGUUGUUUUAUCUCAGAAACUACAGUUGGCUGUUCCAAUGCUAAACUAAAACAUGUACCAGCUAUAUCUGAUCCUGAUGUGAAGAGCAUCGAACUUACAGGUAAUGCUAUUACUUCAAUUCUAAAAGAAACAUUCAAUGGCAUGCCAAACCUGGAACGGAUUGACCUUAGCAGGAACAGUCUUACAUCAAAUGAAAUAGACUCACAAUCAUUUAAGUCACUGAAAAAUCUAAAACGUCUGUACUUGGAUGGAAACCUACUGGUCCAUAUGCCAACGGAAUUACCAUCUAGUUUGGAGGAGUUAAAACUGAAUGACAAUAAACUCGAAGGCCUGAAAAAACACAGUAUGGAAGACCUAACAAACCUGGUAACAUUGGAAAUGGAAGGAAACCAGCUUAGUGAAGGCAAUGUCAGUCCCUUAGUAUUCAAACCAAUGAAACAUUUGGCUUAUUUGCGCCUAGGAAGGAAUAAAUUCCGGACAAUACCACAAGGACUUCCAGUGUCCAUUGAGGAACUCUACUUAGAGAGCAAUGAAAUUGAAGAGAUUGUGGAGACCUCAUUCAAUCAUACAAAAAAUCUCAAUACAGUUGUAUUAAGGCACAACAAGCUUGAAGAAAGCAGAAUAGACCCACUGACCUGGAUCUUUCAUAGGAACCUGGAAUCAAUAGAUCUUUCCUACAACAAAUUAUACCAAGUCCCAUCAUAUUUACCAAAGUCUUUAAUGCAUCUAGUGUUAGUAGGCAACCAGAUAGAAAGGAUUCCAGGUUAUGUUUUUGCACACCUUAAUCCAGGACUGGAAUAUCUCUACCUUUCCUUCAACAAAUUAGACAACGAUGGAAUUGAUGCUGUUUCCUUCCAUGGGGCAUACCACUCAUUAAGAGAGAUAUUUCUUGAUCACAACGAGUUACGGGAUGUGCCAACUGGAAUAGAACACAUGACAGACCUUCAUAUUCUAAGACUUAACAACAACAAAAUCAGAUCCGUGUCUCCAUACUGUAUCUGUAGUGCUGAAGAAGAAGGUGACUCCAGCUUAGAGGAGCUUCAUCUUGAAAACAACUUCAUCAAUACAAGGGAAAUUUCCCCAUAUGCAUUCUUCUGCCUUCGAUCGUACUCCAGUGUCAUCCUUAAACCCCAGAAAGUCAAGUAAAAUAUUGAAUUGGAUUUAUACUAAUUAUGGUUUUUGUACAUGUUAAUAAGGGUUAUGGAGUAUGUAAUAAAGUCAUCAUAAUAAAUCAAUAAUAUAUGAUUAUUUUGUUGGUGCUACAGGAUUGUGUGCUACUUGCACUGACCUGUCUCGUUGUCACUGGAUUGUUUUUGAAUUGCUAGCGCUGAUGAAACAGGCAAGAAACAGAGUUUCAAAGGACAAAGGAGACAGUUCUAAACAGUGCUGCAAAAUGAAAUGGAAGACUUUAUUAGCAUUCAUAUACAUUUUUACACACAAGGUCGUUUUGACAGUAUAGAAUGUCAGGUCAUGGACAAAAUAUUUUUCUUUUCUAAAAAGCUUCUUUUCUGCAAAUCUUCCAGCAUUCCAUUAUGGCAGGAGUGUGCAUACUUUACUAAUGUGGGGCUACUACUACUUAAAAAUAAAUACUAUGUUAAGACAGA